AUGGUGAUUUGUGCUGAGCACAGGCCUUCACCAGGGUCCACGGGCACUACUAUUUCAACAGAUCAGAAUAAGGCAGUUACGAUAAGGAUUGUGGUUACAGUCAAGCUAACAGAUAGUAGCUUCAUCUCCAGCGGAAAAACCAUACUUUUGGGGCUUCUUAGCUCUGAACUUCACUCUAGGACGGGGUUGGAGAGGGAAACAAUCAAGGUGUAUGUGCAUCAAAAGAGCAAAAACGAUGGGGUAGUAGUAUAUGAGAAUAAUUUCACACUCCCAGCAGGUUUUGGAGAGGUUGGAGCAGUUGAGGUGGACACUGAACGCAAGGAAGAGAUUAAACACAAGAAGGAGAUUGAACACAAGGAGGAGAUCUUCAUCAAGAGCAUCGAGCUCGAAAACCUCCCGAAUGGCUGUGUUAAUGUUCCAUGCAACUCAUGGGUUCAUUUCAACUUUGACAACCCACAGAAGAGAAUUUUUUUCACCAACAAGUCUUACUUACCAUCAAAGACACCAAGUGGAUUGAAGAGGGUAAGAGAAUUGGAGCUGGAAAAUUUGCGUGGAAACGGACAGGGCCAAAGAAAUAAGUCCGAUAGGAUUUACGAUUAUGACACAUACAAUGAUCUUGGAGAUCCUGAUAGCAGCGAUGAAUUGGCUAGGCCUGUCCUAGGCGGCAUAGAACAACCAUAUCCCAGGCGCUGCAGAACAGGACGACCACACACCCAAACAGACCCAUUAUCAGAACAAAGAAGCAGCAGUGUGUAUGUACCGAGAGAUGAAGCGUUUGAAGAGGUGAAAGAAAAGACAUUCUCUGCAAACACCCUGAAAUCGGCGAUGCAUGCUUUGCUUCCUUCGAUUGAGACAGGAUUUGAUCCACAUGUAGGAUUCCCAUGCUUCACAACCAUUGAUUCACUGUUCAAUGAAGGAGUCACAUUCUCUAGGCCAAACACUGAUUGGUCUUCUGAGACAAUCUUUCCAAGGCUAGUCAAGACCUGCCUUGUUGACGGAAAGGAUCUUUUGCUCUUCGAGAAACCUGAAAUAUUCGAUCAUGUUCAUGAUAUUCUUUUCAGGAAAAGAAACAACCAGAUUGUGACAUCGCAAGCUCUUGAUUCAGCUAAUCUUUCUUUUGUAGGUGAUAGAUUUUCUUGGUUUAGAGAUGAAGAGUUUUCUCGUCAAACUCUGGCUGGUCUUAAUCCAUUUAGUAUAGAGCUUGUUACGGAAUGGCCAUUGAAAAGUAAACUUGCCCAAGAGAUUUAUGGUCCACCUGAAUCAUUGAUCACAACAGAACUAGUGGAGAAAGAGAUCAAAGAUUUCAUGACUGUCGAUGAGGCCUUGAAAACAAAGAAGAUGUUUAUCUUGGAUUACCAUGAUCUCUACAUGCCUUAUGUGAACAAAGUAAGGGACAUUGAAGGGACACCACUGUAUGGUUCUCGGACACUAUUCUUCCUCACUGAAGAUGGGACACUGAGGCCUGUUGCCAUUGAACUCACUCGACCACCGGUUGGUGACCAGUCGCAAUGGAAGCAAGUGUUCACCCCAACACCGGAUGCCACCGGUUGCUGGCUGUGGAGGCUUGCUAAAGCCCAUGUUUGUGCUCAUGAUGCUGGCUAUCAUCAGCUUGUCAACCACUGGCUGAGGACUCAUUGUGCUACAGAGCCAUACAUAAUUGCAGCUAAUCGACAAUUAAGUGCAAUGCAUCCUAUCUAUAGACUUCUGCAUCCUCAUUUUCGGUAUACAAUGAAAAUCAAUGCUUUUGCUAGACAAAGCCUCAUCAAUGCAGGUGGAAUCAUUGAGCGCUGCUUCUCACCUGGAAAAUACUCCAUUGAGCUCAGUUCUGCUGCUUAUCACCAGCUCUGGAAGCUUUGA